AGUUUGCAACAAAUAGAAACAAAAGCAUUGAGUAGGACUAGUGGAGGAAGGGAGGUUGGGAAAAAGGGAGACAGAAACCUUCUUUCAGCUCAUGUCUCCACUGUCAGCUAUAGCGAGGCCUGGUAGAGAAAACAUUAAAGGAAUGAAUGAGUUUGAGAAGAAGAGAGAAAAUGUCAGCAGAACAUUCCAGAGGCCAUGUUUCCCCCGCUAUCUAUCCUUCUGCCUGCAUGUGUCCCCUCCAAAUCAGAUAUUUCUAUCAGUCAGCAGUGGGUUCCUGAAACACUGAGGCUCUAUUCCUAUCCAGCAAAUCAGAUGCAGAGAGAUGGAGGAAGGGAAGGAGAGAGAGAAAAAGAUAGAGGAUAAGAUGGAGAAGAAAAAAGCAAGAGGAGAAAACGGUGAGAGGAGGCAGCCGUGAUGGGCUGCCAGAUCCAACCGUGGCAUAGUCGAUGACUGAGAACUCCUAUUCCUAUGAUGGACAAGAAAAGCGCCAACGGCUUUCAGACCAAGGCCAGCGAGGGCGGUGUUCAGAGGAAGCAGCUGCCCUACUCAGUGGAAACUCCCUAUGGCUUUCACCUAGACCUGGACUUCCUCAAGUAUGUUGACGACAUUGAAAAAGGCAACACCAUCAAAAGGGUCCACAUUCAGCGAAGGGUCAAGGGCCCAGCCAAAUUCAGUACUCUGCCCAGAAAUUUCAGCCUUCCUGGGCAUGGAGCCAGGCCAACCCCCAGAGAAAAGGAUAGCACAUGGUCUGGGACGUCCACCCUUGGGCCCAAACCUAAAUCACGGGUGACAGAGGUCCAACAGAUCUAUGACUUUAGAGCAAGUGAAGGGGGGAAAUCCAGUCAGAGCAGCAGGGGGACAAGCAGUCAGGGAGCUGUCUAUGUUUCAGAAAAGCCCAAAGAUGAAUCAGGAGCUGGGGCCCUGGCUGUUGAAGAGAAAGCUGUCGGGUUUCAAAGUCGUCCUAAUCUGCUCAGAGCAUCAAGCAUGCCUAUCACUCUACAGCAGCGGAAAGGCUCGGAUUCAAGCAGUCCAGACCGUAAUGCUGGAACACCAGAAAGUGGCUCGACAGAAAACAUGUUUCGAGCUUCACCGGACAUAACAGACAGGCGGUCUCUUCCUCAGGAUCGGGGAGGGCUUCAUCAGCAGAUCACAGUGGCACUGAAGCGGGUCAGAGAGCUGGAAGAGCAGGUCAAAACAAUCCCUGAACUAAAGGCCCAGAUCAGUUCACUGAGAAAAGAGAGGGAGGAUCUUAUGAUUCAGAUCCAAGCCCAGAUACAAGCCCAGGCCCAAGCCGAAGCCCAGGUUUCCACAUCAUCCUCUAUAGUAGCAUUACAUUCAGAUUCUGGGACACACUUUCAGCCACAGGGACAAAGACCUACAGAAGGGCUCAACUUAGCUCUGAAGACUCAACCCACUGGAGGCUUAGAUGCUUCGGAGCGUUUGUCAACAAAGUUGGUAACUGGGAAAGGGAAACAUGGGGCUACAGAGAAAAAUAAAGUCUUACAAAAGGAGGGAGAAUUCAAUCAGGAAUCUUUGAAAAGUUCCUCAGCACAUGUAGAAAUCAGUGUGUUGUCAGAGCAACAAUCACAGAUACAAACACAACAGUCGGAAAUAUCAGACAAACAAAAAGAGACAUUCGAGAGUCCGAUUAAGCAUGCAGUGCAAAAGCUAUCGCGGGAUAUUGCAGGACCAGAAUUAACAUCACUUAGAGUGGCUAUAAAAGAUGCAGAGACUAGCAGUAUUGGCGAUGGGGAUGAAGCAAAAGGUGGACAACAGGAGGACGCAAACAGUAUGCCGAAUCUACAGGAGAAGCUAAUGAUACUCGAAGCUAAACUUACUCAGGCUAGCCAAGACCUGGAGAGAACUAAUACCCUUUUGAAAGAACAAAUAGAUGAGAACAAGGUAAAAGAGGAGAAAAUACUACAACUGAGUGAUGGAGUGAGAGUGGAGUUGUACAGUCCAGAAGCAUACAGCAUGCCAAGACGAGAAAGUAUUGACACAGGGACAGAGACAGAAACAUUAGAUUUUGCCAACCAAGAGACAGAGACAGAAUUACCUGGUACAGUAGAUAAGGGGACAGAUACAGAUAUAAUUUGUAUUGAAAUGUGUGUACCCCAACCAAUGGCUGUAAGUAUAGAUCAAGGAACAGAGAGUAUUCAAGUUGACACACCUGAACAGGUAGCAAAGAUGGUGGCAGAAGCAGCUGCUGUGAGCCCACCAAGACCCAGAGCCAACAGCAUCGAACGGGGCACAGUAACUGAAAGGAUCGCUACUCAAGAUCAGAUGACUGAGACGCCUACAGCGGAAAGGGUAAACCAAGUCACAGAAACCGAGGGAGAGAUAGAAACAGACCAUCCACAGAGACCAAGGGCCAGCAGCGUAGAGAGGGGUACAGUGACAGAGAGAGUGGACACUGUCGACAGGGUGACCGAGACAGUGGAGGCACAAAGGACAGACCAGCAGACUGAGACAGAGAUAGGAAGACGACAGGAUAACAAUCCAUCCAGAGGUGCAGAAGCAGAAAGUCAAGUGAGAGAAUGUGCAGGUAGUGAAAGAGUAGAAUAUGCAGACACUGUGGUCAUUGAAAGAGUGGAAGACAAGGAAGCAAAUGAAAGAAGAGGCAGUGGAGACAGUGAAAGUGUGGUAAUGAAAGUUGUCACUGAGAUUGCAAUUACAGCUAAAGAAAGCACAUCUGAACAAAUUCUAGUUCCGAAAAUUGUUAGUGAGGAUGAAGGAAGUAGCAAUCCACCUGUUGCAGAAAUAGAAAAUACAGAAUCCAAGAUUGAAAUGAUUAUGGCACAGAAUGACUCAGAAAUAAAGGAAAUGGAGCCCCUAAAUAAUGAAGUAACAGAAAUAAUUGAAACACAAAAGGUUGCACCGGAGAUUGUAGAGGAGAAACAAAUUAAAAAACAUGCGAUUGUGAGCGCAACAAUCAAAGAAACUGUGGUCACUGACAUAGUUGUUGUAGCAGCAGCAGAGAAUGAAGCUGUAAAGGCAGUAGUUCCUGUCCGACCCCAGAGAGGCCGAAGGCCCUCAGCGGAGCAAGCACAGCCAUCACCUCCAUCACCUCCUCAACCUCAGGCUGCACCUGUCCGUCCCAGUAGAGGGUCCAGUGAAACUCUAGCCCAGGAGUCCCUGACAAAAGAUCCGCCCCAGGUGCAGGUACAGGGUACACCUCAUAUAGAGGCCCAAACCCCAAUACAGCAAUCUGAACAACAGGUAAAACAACAAGCCUCAUCUCUAUCUCAGGUUGAGGACCAGAGCCCAGCAGAGAAGCCUCCUGGGGAGUCUAGUGAGAAGCAAUCUGAAUCACAACCUCAGAUUGAGACUCAGGGCCCGUCUCCAGGCUCCACUGACGUACAAACCCAUCCUAAAUCCAUUAAAGCACAGCCUAAAACCUCUGCAGCUCGACGGGACAUAAAAGAGCCAAAAGCAACACGUGGAUCAGGAGAAGCGCAUACCCGUCCAACCCGCCAGGGGUCAUCUACCGCCAAACCUCAGUCUCAGGGCUCUCGCAGAAGUUCCAGUGAGACUCAGCCCCCUCACAAAGAUGUCAGCGAGACCCAAUCACUACGUAGAGGCUCCAGCGAGACAGCUCAGCGUCGUAACUCAAGUGAAGCCCAGGCCUUACGUCGGGAUGCUGGGGAGGCAGAGCCCUCUCGCAGAGGCUCCGGUGAGUCACCAACAUCGCCUGCCGCUUUGGGCCAUGUUGUAACCCGAUUAACAGGGCUUCUGGGCGAGCAGUGGGCACAACUGGGGAGCAGCACUGGAACUCAACAGACGGCCAGCCAGCAGGAAAGCCCCAGCACACAGAAACAGACACCAGGGAAAAAAACAGAGGCAGCGAAGGGAGCAAAAACCAAGUCUGCGGGGAAGGCAGUCCCUGCAGCAACAACAGCGAAACCAGGAGGAAAGCCUGGUCCUUCCAAAAUGAGCUCCAUUCAAAGUCAACUGGUCAGCUCCCUCAGUGUCCUCUCUGCCUUCUACUCACCAGGCCAGAAAGCUGCAGCAGCCAGCAAACAGCAGGAACAAGGUCUAAAAUCUAUUAUGAAGAAAAAUGGUGUUGCUGACAAGCAGGGGAACAAGGGAGCGAAGAAAAACCUGAAGUUUGUUGGGGUGAAUGGAGGAUAUGAGUCAACAUCCAGCGAAGAGUCAAGUGGAGAUGAGAAGUCGAAGGUGGAAGUGGAGAAGCAAGACAGCUCAGAACCAGAGGUAGAGAAGGAAAAGGAGACGGAGCCUCAGACAGAAGAGAAGCCUGAAGAGGGAGCAGAGACCCAGCAGCAGGAAACAGAGGUGGCCCCUGAGGGAGGGGGUGCAGUGGCUGCAAAGAAGGAGGCUGAAAAAGGCCUGCUGGAUCCAGAGGGCAGUGAGGAGCUCCUGGGAGAACAGGAAGAAGGAGAGAAAGUGGAGCAAAGCUUCAUAAAUGCCUGCUUCUAUGUAAAAGACCGCAUGGAAGAGGUCUCAUCCCCAGAUAAAGAAAUGCGUCAGGUUUUAGUGGUGCUCUACCAGGAGUGGUUCAAGAUUUCCAGUCAGAAAGAUUCGCAAGCCGAUACUGUCAGAUUAUACCUGCGACAAGUGGGCUUGACCACACCAACUCUCCUGCCAUAUGUAGUUAACUUGACUGAUGGCAAUGGGAAUAUGGCCCUCCACUACAGUGUGUCACACUCAAACUUCCCUGUGGUCAAACUGCUGCUGGACACUGGUCUAUGUGAGACAAACAAUGUGAACAAGGCAGGCUAUACUCCAGUGAUGCUGGCUGCACUGACGGCUGCUGAGAGCCCUGAUGACCUGGAGGUGGCACAACAACUGUUGAGACAGGGUGACGUCAAUGCAUGCUCGAGACAGGCGGGCCAGACGGCCCUAAUGCUUGCGGUGAGCCACGGCCGCGUUGCCAUGGUGAAGCUGCUCCUGAGCUGUGGUACGGAUGUAAAUGCCCAGGAUCGCGAGGGCUCCACGGCCCUGAUGUGUGCCAGCGAACACGGACACACAAACAUCGUUCGUAUGCUGCUGGAGACGGGUCGCUGUGACAUCAGCCUCAUUGAUAAGAAUGGACAGUCAGCACUGUCUGUGGCAGAAGCAGCCUCCCACCAAGAGAUAGUUGAUCUGCUGAAGACCCACGCUGAGACCCGUGCCUCUGAGCCCUCGACUAACGCAGACCUCCUCUGAGCCAACACUGUUUACGUCUCCAAACCACCAAGGCCUCCUGACUCCCAAACCUUCAAUUUACAAAACCCACCAACCAAGACAGAAAAGGUUGAAUUGAAGAUGGUAACACCUUACAAUAGUCUGAAUGACCAAUGGAAAAAAAGCUGUGUUUACUGUGGAACUACAUUUAAACCUCUGAGACUGGAGUGUCCAACAAUGGGCAGACAUAUUUUUCUUCCACAUCUCUGCCAACAUGCCCUGUGGGUCUUUAUGGAUAUGCUGCAUUAACCACUCAGUGGAUGGACAACAAACACGGCCCGGUUGAAUAGAUGUUAAGCCGCUGCCAUGGUGACAAGUGUGAUUGACAAGGAGAGAUGGCAAGAAUAUAAAGUGGGAGCAGGGAUGGACGGACUGGCAAGAGAUAUUCUGAAAAACUUGCUGCUUCUUAUCAUCAACUAGCUCAUCAAGCUAAAUGCUAUAAGCACAUGAUCUACCUUUCAAAUAUAUUGUAUAUGACAUUAUUUCUAUUUUUUUCCUUCAUGACAUUGACAUCAUUCUUUCCAUAAUUGGACAUAAGCCAUUAUGAGAACAUAUAGUAUACGUAUAGUGUUAUUCUAAACAGAUUAUAAAUCAUAAACAAACACAGAAACUGUAUUUUCUACUGCACUUUUUUAUUGUUAUUGUCAGUGUACAGUUAAUAGUCCUCAAUAUUAUUAGUAUCGGUGUCCACAAGAAAGUAUAUAUCUCCAAAAGUGUAUCUGUAUAAUAGUAUAGAACUCAUGGUGAAAUUUCCUAUCAUUCAGUGGAUAUUUAACAAUAUUUAAUGUAUUGUUUGUGCCAUAGUAUUGAUGUUUUUCACAUACGGGACAUGGGUGUUCGUCAUGUGUGAAUUUUCUUAAUACAAAUGGUUUAGAUGGAGAUGGAAUGACACAAAAUAAAUGAUUUUUUUUAUAACCACAAUAUAACCAGAUUUAAGAAAGACAAAAGUCUUCUAAUGCGAAGAUUGUUCUGUUCGGAAGGUGCUGCAUGCCAAUACACAGUUACUCCCCCUACUGGCUGUCUUAAAGUACUAAACAACAGUAUGUUGUAAUACUGUCUGUUCCCAUGACCGACAUCUCUCUCUUUCUGCGUCCCUCAGUACAAAUAUAAUAUAUGUAUUGUUCGCCUGCUCGUUUAAAAUCAAAUCUUGUAUGCAACUGCUACAAAAUGCACAAUGAAUGUCAGGCUGGCUGUGAUACAUUCCAAGAAAACAAUGUAGCAAGUCUAACUAUACCGGCAUGGACCAUGGGACUAACAGAGAAACCGACUGUCAGUUCAGACAUAGGAAUGAGUCUGAAUAUAUUUUACCAUGCGCGACUACAGACACUUAAUCUCUUAAAAUAAAUACAAAAGAUCUGCCUGUCUUCAAGUUACUCACACUGGUUCAUUUUGUUCCUGCCUCAUAUUUGAAAACAGUAAAGAUUUAAAAACCUUAAGCAAUGGGUUGUUAAAGGCUUGCAGUCCUAAAAGAAGCAAUAUGUAUGAAAUACUAUUUUUUAAAUUAAAAGAGGGGAGUGACUUCGGUCUAUAGCCUUAAUCAGAAGACCAUCCUACAUUUUAGAGAUAAGAUGUGUUCCAGGGAGUGUUUUCUUUUGUUUCUGUUCUCCACCAACCUACACCCAUAUUUCUAAAGUAUAUUAAUAUACAGUCGUACUGGUCUGAGAAAAUGUUUACAACCUAACAGUUGCCCUUCAGUGACCCCUACAGGAAACCCCCAAAUGUUCAGCAGUUCUGGAGAUUACCAUACCAUAUCAUUGUGUUUUGAACACAAGCUUUCCUAAAGUGAGGGAACUCCAAAAGACUCUGGAUAAUGCACCAAUUACCAUAAUGCUACAAGUGGUAUUGUUUUGUUUGACCCUCCCUGUCUGGUACAUGCUUGAAUCUUUCAUACUCCAUGCCCCAAGUUUGUAACACCCUAAUGCCAUUGUCUGGGUUACUUAAUCUGAUUUUACAAACCCACCAGAAAACGGUUGUUUCUGUUUGCCUGGGGAUUGCUGGGGUUACUUAAGGUGGAAUUUAAAGGGAAAUACCACUCAUUAUAACAACUGCCAAAUGGUCGAUAACAGUCCAGUCUGCAUUUACAGUCCAGUCCGAAAAUAAAUCAUAUUCCACAGAAGCAAGAUUGUGGUCCAAGACUUGGAUCACAUUAAAAGACUCUUCAGUAUCUGUGUCUGAAAACUCAAACAGCUUGACUCUUAAUACUUUUAGAAAGAUGGAUUCCAAAUACAUUGCUUUGCUUCAGUCAUAAUACAUUUAUAUUACCAUGAAUACAGUAUGUAGGGCGGAUUUAACAACUUUCUUUCUGAGCUGCGGUGUGAUCGGACCACUGAAACGUUAUUAAUAUGGGUGCUAAUAUGGGAGUAGGACGUAUAAUAAUAAUACAUUGACAUGAAGAUAUAUUUAUUUCAUGAAGAACAUUGAUUAUAUAGAAGUAAAUGGCCACAAUGAGAAUGUUGGGGCUUAGCGAUCAGAUCAUCAUUUGUUGAGUCACAAAGUAGCACAGAUUUGCUCAACAAUGAUGCUGCAUUUACACAGGAUCAGAGAACAUUUAUUUUUAAAUUAAUUCAGCACAUUAAGGGAAAUAAAUUAGAGUCUGUGUAGCUUCCCUUAUGUCACACUGCUAAAGGAUGAUCCGAUCUGUGCUGUGGGAAAUAUCUGUUACAUCUGGUCUUCCAUGCCUGUGUAUUAAGUCUUUAAACAAAUCAUGUCGUCCAUAUGUUUAAUCCAGUGUGACCUAGAUGUUAUUUGGUUUCAUAGCUGGCCAAACACCAAAGAAGUGAAAUGAAAUCUGUUCCACAUGGGGUUAAAUAUAUAGUUUCUGUUCCUGUAAAUGUACCCAAAUACAUGUACAUACAGUAUCGUGAAAAAUAUAUAACAAGUAUUGUCUGACAGUUUGCUCUAAAAAUUAUAUAAGUAUUUAUUCCAAAUGCUAUAUUUUUUACCGUAUAUAGUAUACUUAUGUAUGCAUGGACAAAUAUUCCAGUGAUACUGUUGGAGGGGAAUUUGAAUGAUUGAAAAUGAUGCUGGGUGUUCCCUCAUGAUGUGAUUAUACAGCUUAUCUUUGACUGGUUGGGUGGUAUUGUACAUGUGCGGUGUUGACAAGGUUGUGGACUGUGUCAUGUGCCCUUUAUUGCUACAUUUUAAAUUUGUGGGGAAAUUAUAAAACAGAUUAACACUGGCUAAAAGUUAAAAGGGCAAAGUCUCCCUUGUUUGGGUAACCAUCUAAAAAUCAAAGUCUAUGUACAUGACAGGGUCAAGAUUUAAAAACCUGUACCUCUCUGUAAAGUUCCUUGUACAAUGGGCUUAUAUGUUGCGAACCAGAGAACUACUCUGGAAUAAAUAUGAAGAUUAAAAA